UUUAAAAUCGUGACGUGUACAUAUACGAGGAAUACAGCACUUGAAAUUAAUUAUAAAAGUUAGAAAUAUACAGCAAAAAAUAGUUUUCUUUAUUAAUGAUUAGUUUGCAUUAUAUUUGAAUCGAUAUAACAAUUUGCUAAAAUAUAACCACAAUACACUUGAGAAUGAUAUAACACAGGGAUCGGAAACAGCGACUUGUAUUGUGUUUAUUGGAUCUCUUUGUUUCAUUGGACGUUGGAUUUCAGCCACCGGGAAUCAAAUGAAAGGAAGCGCAAAUCAGUCGUCACAAUACCUUACAUGCUCAGCAGAAAAAGCGUUCGACGGUGAAAUAAUAUUCUAUGAAUCUGAAUCUCGUUGCACAUGCAGUGCUACAGCUGUUCGCCAAAUACCUCGGUGGUGGGAAAUGAAUUUUGGAUCCAAGCAUUUAAUUGGUUCUAUAAAAGUCAUCGGUCGUGAUGGUUACAAAAGAGAGCAAAGCCAAAGCCUUGCUGCUUAUAUAAGUAACGACACGAUGGGAGAAAACAGUGGCACAGUCGUUCACUUACCUGAUUCGAAUACUAUUGGGUUAAAAGUGCAGUUUAACUACGCUCCUCGGGUUGCCCAGUAUAUCAACAUAAAAAAAGAUGGUGCAAAUGACGUGAUGACUAUUUGUGAAGUAGAAGUAUUCGGAGCAAACUGUCCGUCGGGAUAUUUCGGUGACAUGUGUUUGCGAAGAUGUCAUUGUAAGAACCAAUGUGAAGUUAUUUCUGGUCACUGCAACAAUUGUGAGCCGGGUUGGAAGCCACCAACAUGUGAAACAGCAUGCCAAUCUGGGUUCUACGAUGACUGCAAACGAGUGUGUGGGCAAUGUAAGCAGCCACCAUGUAACAAAACUGAUGGCUAUUGCACGGGUGGUUGUGCAGAAGGAUACACUGGAGAUAAAUGUGACCAAGAAUGUCCCACUGGCAGAUAUGGCGACUACUGCUCUAGGAAUUGUAGUCAACAUUGUAUUGCUGAAGAGUGUCGCCAUGCCAACGGGAUGUGCAGCCUUGGAUGCAAGCCUGGAUAUAAUUUCCAGAUAGAUCCAAAGUGUGAAACUCAUUAUAGGGAGGAACGGAUGUUUUCCAUCUACGAGGUUGUCGGAGUGGCUGGAGUGUCGGUAGCAGGAUGUCUUAUCCUUGUAUUUGCUUGUACUCUUGGAUAUAGAAGAUACAAGUCGGCAUCAAAGGAAAAAGACACAACUAACGUUAUUCCAGACAUCGACUUUGUUAAUACGGGAAGAGCAUACGAAGGCCCGAACGAAGUACAGCUUCAAAAUAGCGAUGAACAUAUCUAUCAGACUAUCCAGAACUGACGCGUGUCAAGAACUUUUCUCUGUGUGAGGAUGCGAUGAAAAUCACAGUUUAUUUCAAUAGAACUGCGACAUAUUUUGUGCGUUCUUUCAUUACACGUACAUACUUAUUUGUGUUUUUCAGUGACAUGCAAACUAUUAUAUCAAACUUGAAAUCCAAGGCUGACUUUAGUUAACCCUUUAUGUUAAUGGUUAUAUUUGGGUUUAUUGUACAGCUAUUAUUUUGUAUUUCAAUGUAGUUCUGAUGACCCAAAUACCCAUAAUGGAAGUUCACGAGUCGACUUUAUUUACGGUGUGUGCACAAAUCAAAAGAGCAGAGCUACAUGGUUUAAUGUAUAACAAUAAGUCAAUGGUACCAUUUUAUACUCAAUCAUAAUUCCAAAUUGAUAUACUGCAUUGUUCAAUAUGUAUGUUUGUUGUUAUGCUUGCAUGAGCCUUUGUGUAUUGCGUAUGUUACAAAAAGGUAUUAAUAUGUAUUUAUGUAAGUGUAUAAAUAUACAUAAUAGCUUCUUUUUAAUUAGUUGCUGCAUGUUUUGUUUCUUGAUGAACUUUGUUGUUGUUGUUAUUAAUAUUUGUCGGUAAAAGCUAUACAUAGCUUACCUUUAUCUAUAUGUACAUAAGAUUAUACACUAUUUUUUUCCUAAAAAAAACACACAUUACUUCAAAGUACCUCUUCUAGCGUUUCACGUAUAUGACAGCCAUAAAUUUCCUUUAAAUUCAUUUCAAACCAAAUUGAUUUAAACAAAUUAAAAGUUAUGUCGCAUUCCUCCUAGGACAAUUUCUCACUUUGAUUAUUUUUGAACCUUUAUAUUUCAAGGACUCCAUGUUGCAUCAGCCGGAAGUCAGCAAGUUCUAGUUUCAUCAAAAGAUAUUUAAUCUAAGAUAUUUAUGACAGACUUAUUUCUGAGUGGCGGUAUUGGACUGAAAUCAAAGUAUAGCAACUAAACAUUACGUGCAUCACUGAGACAUAAAUACAAUUUGUGUAAAACAAUGCUUUCGAUAGUUUCCACAUUGCACGAUACAAUGUGAUGUUCAAUGUGUUUUAUAAAAAUGUACACUUUAAUUGAUAAUGAAAACAUGCAUUAUAAUAGCCCUAAUUUUUUUCGAAAAUUUUGAUUUGAAAUACCAACUUUCCCCCAAAUAGAUUAAGGUUACACGGUACUAUUUCAAUUUUCUGUAUGUUUAUAAAACUCCUACGCAGUAAUCUCCAUUGGCGCCAAGCAAAAAAGCGAGUUUUGAAAAAUUAACAUUGAGCUUAAUUGUUUGUUUUGAAAAUGUCAUUCGAAAGAACGAAUUCCAGAUAAUUCCCUUUAAUGCAUCAUUUGUUUUCUUGUAUCAAUCGGAAGUAGAAAUUUUAGUCUUCAAUAUAGAGAGGGCAUCCUUGACAACAUCCUGUUAGUAUGGAUUUAGUUAUAACGUACCAUUUACCACCGACAAUAAACACUUGUCUUUAUGUGUGUUAUUGAAAGCCCAGGGCCCGUUUUUUCGAGCUACAUGGUGAAUAAUUGAGCCUACUAAUUUGUUAAAUUUGCACAACUUUUAAACUUCUGAAUUCUUUCCACAAAAAAUGAGGAAAAUUGAUA